UUUUAGAUCUACUUCAAAAACCAAAAAUGAAGCUCACAAUUACCCGUUGGUGCUUGACUCUAUUCAUCUUUCUAAAUCACCCAACCCCAAUUCUUCCUUACUCUGAAAAUGAGACCGUUACUCCCACAAUGGAGCCUGAUAUGUUUGUCUAUAUUCUGGGACGAAAGAAGAUGAUGGAUGCACAGUACAAAUGCUAUGACCGAAUGGAACAGUUGCCCCCGUACCAAGGAGAUGGUCCAUUUUGCAAUCGUACCUGGGAUGGAUGGACAUGCUGGGAUGACACACCGGCAGGAGUGCUAGCCUUUCAACACUGUCCAGAUUAUUUUCCAGACUUUGAUCCAACAGAAACAGUUACAAAAUACUGUGAUGAAAAUGGGGAUUGGUAUAAGCAUCCGGAGAAUAAUCGCACCUGGUCCAACUACAGUAUGUGCAAUGCUUUUACUCCUGAGAAGCUACAGAAUGCAUACAAUUUGUACUACUUGGCUAUUGUGGGUCAUUCUAUGUCAAUAUUCGCACUAGUGAUUUCGCUGGCAAUUUUCGUGAUUUUCAAGAACCUUAGCUGCCAAAGAGUGACUCUGCACAAGAACAUGUUUCUAACCUACAUUCUGAAUUCCAUGAUUAUUAUCAUCCACCUCGUCGAAGUAGUACCUAAUGGAGAACUUGUGAGAGAGGAUCCGUUGAGCUGCAAAAUUCUGCAUUUCUUCCACCAGUACAUGAUGUCCUGCAACUAUUUCUGGAUGCUCUGUGAAGGGAUCUAUCUUCACACACUGAUUGUGGUGGCUGUGUUCACUGAUAAACAAUAUAUGCGGUGGUAUUAUCUCCUGGGAUGGGGGUUCCCAUUGGUGCCAACCACUAUCCAUGCUGUUACUCGGGCGCUGUACUUCAAUGACAACUGCUGGCUGAGUGUGGAAACACAUCUGCUUUACAUUAUUCAUGGCCCAGUCAUGGCAGCCUUGGUGGUCAACUUCUUCUUUUUGCUCAAUAUUGUCCGGGUGCUCGUGAAAAAACUGAGACGAACCCAGGAGGCGGAAUCACAGUUGUACCUGAAGGCAGUGAGGGCCACUCUGAUCCUGGUGCCCCUGCUGGGAGUUCAGUUUGUUGUCUUUCCCUGGAGACCUUCCAACAAGGUCCUUGGGGUCAUAUAUGACUACGUGAUGCACUCUCUCAUCCACUUCCAGGGAUUCUUUGUUGCGAUAAUCUACUGUUUCUACAACAACGAGGUCCAAACCACCUUGAAGCGCCAAUGGGCCAAAUUCCAAGCCCAAUGGGGUUAUCUCUGGGGGGACGACAGCCCUAGGAGCUACCCAAUCCACACUUCAGCCUCGGCUGCAGCCCGAGCUGCGGCCCGAGCUGCGGCCAAUGCUGCAGCAGAGGGAGGGGAUAUCCCUGUUUACAUCUGCCACCAUGAGCCAAAGAACCAGUCUAUCAACCUAGGCGAAGUGGCUGAGGCCAUGGCAUUGGAAGUCAUUGAGCAAGAGUCAUCUGCUUGAAUGUGAGAGCAAUUACACAUUGUGAUCACUGAGCCGUCAUUUCCUGGAAGAAGACAGACCAUGCGUUUAAAGUGAUUCCAAUCCUUCCAGGAGCUGAUCAUACCAUUUGUGAAGAAUUAUUAUGAAAAUUUGUCCAUAGUAAAUUUGAAGAAAGAUAUCAUUGGUACUAUUGCUGUGGGAGAUAGUCUAGGAAUGGAGUCUCCCACUGCCACACUUGUGAACUCCAUCUUUCAUCCAGUACUGAGACGCUGAUGUCAUAGAAAUGCAAGCAAAGUGUCCGAGAGAAACACAAAUUAAUUUAGUUCAGAUACAGGGUGCUCCUUGUUAAUCUUGAGCCAUUUUUACCUUUGAAAAAUUAAAAUUGCUGUCAAUAUUUUUUUUUAACUCUAGAAUUUGAAUUAGGAUAUUUCUGUAUUGGGCUAUGCAUCUGAUUUCUAAUUUUUUUUAAUCGUAAAAUUCUGAUGUUAACAGAUGUUUUACCAUCCACACAACAUGGGUGAAUUACAUGACCUCUGCAAGGAAAAUUAGUUUUCUAAUAUAGAGAUGAUUAAGUAGGUAGAAGAAAGAACUGCCUUUGGCAGAAAGAUGUAAUGCUUUGAAUGAAAAAGACGAUUUGCUUUGAAAUAUUAGUUGGACCAAUUUAUUCUUUGGUUGUGUGUUUGACUUGGCUGUGAAUAAUCCUGUGCAUUGGGCAGGUCCUAAGUGCUCUAAGGAACUUGUUCAUGUUGAAAGUGCUUUGAUCACUGACAUAAAUUCAUUUGGAGGUCACAAAGAAUUCAUCACUAAAUUUUUCACAAAACUGCCAAAAAUACAAUUCCUACAGGAGAAUACUCUUCAAGAGAGUUUUCUACUUUCCAAAGCUCCAGGAUUUAUAAAACAAAUCACUCCAAGGUUUAUAAAGCAAAUUACCUCUUGCCCUUGGGUGCUAUCUAACAGUAAAAGAUAAAUUUGUUUAAGACUGGUAAUUAAAAGACUCCAUAUAAGUCCAUUAACUGCUUUUCACCUAGCUUCCAAGCU